AUGUGGUCCUUUUUCUCUCGUGAUCCAACGAAGGACUUCCCGUAUGAAGUCGGUGACCCAGUCCCUGGACUAGAGGAUAAAAGUGUAUGGACUUUACACAAAGGCAAGAAGAGAGGAACUCAAGAUGAGGUGUCUAUAUUCUUAUUUGAUGUUCAAAAACAUUCAGAGACUCUUUUCGAUAUAGCAAAGGCCUCUUUAAAACGCCUUAAAACCAUAAGGCACCCUAGCCUAUUACAUUACUUAGAUAGCUGUGAAACUGAAAAAUGUUUAUAUGUUGCAACCGAGGUUGUAAAGCCUCUAUCAAAACAUAUAGAGGAUAUGAAGCUUGAAGGACAACAACGAGAAUUAUUUCUUGCUUGGGGGAUAUUUCAAAUAACUAGGGCUUUGUCGUUUUUCAAUAACGACGGCAAUAUAAAACAUAAUAAUGUAUGUUUAUAUUCUGUCUUUGUAACUGCUGCAGAGGAGUGGAAAUUGGGUGGUUUUGAAUUUAUAACUAGUCAUGGACAAGAAGGUUCUAGUGUCAUACCUAUUAAAAUCCUUCCAGCAUUAGAAAUUUAUGAUCCUCCAGAAAAAAAGGAUGCAACUAAAUUAAAAUCUGUUACUAAAUGCUCCUCAGAUAUGUGGGGUCUCGGCUGUCUCAUAUGGGAAGCAUACAACGGCCCAUUGAAGAACCAACCCUCUCUUAAAACUGUUGACAACAUUCCAAAGCAACUCUGCACUUUAUAUUGUGAGCUUGUUAGCGCUAAUCCAGCAUCUCGUCCGAACCCAGCUGAUAUUAUUACAAGGUGUCGUAAAUUAGGAGGCUAUUUCAAGAACGAUUUGAUAGAUACAAUGCUGUUCUUGGAAGAAAUUCAAAUCAAAGAUAAGGCUGAGAAAGCGAAGUUUUUCUCAACACUAAGCAGUUACUUAGACAGUUUCCCAGAGGCUGUGUGUAUACACAAGAUCUUGCCGCAAUUAAUGACUUCAUUUCACUAUGGGGAUGCUGGGUCUGCUGUUUUAGGACCUAUGUUUAAGCUAGGUAAACUAUUAGAAGACGCAGAGUAUCAGAAACAAAUAGUGCCGUGUGUUGUAAAGUUAUUUGCAUCCAACGACAGGACAACAAGGUCCAGGCUGCUGCAGCAACUUGACCAGUUCAUUAUGCAUCUACAGAACUCAACGGUCAAUGACCAAAUCUUCCCACAAGUGAUACACGGAUUCUUAGAUACAAACGCCGUUAUCCGUGAACAGACUGUCAAAUCUAUUGUACAUUUGGCGCCAAAGUUGAAUUAUAAUAACUUAAAUGUAGAAGUGUUACGACAUUUUGCGAGAUUGCAAUCAAAAGAUGACCAGGGUGGGAUUAGAACGAACACAACAGUGUGUCUAGGGAAAAUAGCUGCGCAUUUACACCCUCAAAUACGACAGAAGGUGCUAGUGUCUGCGUUCGUUCGUGCGACGCGGGAUUCGUUUCCACCAGCGAGGCAAGCUGGGGUGCUAGCGCUAGCCGCUACCCAGCAGUACUUUUUGCUGUCCGAAGUUGCUAACCGAGUGUUGCCAGCAUUAUGUCCACUCACUGCAGACCCGGAAAAGCAGGUCCGUGAUGCGGCUUUUAGAACUAUCAAAGGAUUUCUCGGAAAACUGGAAAAAGUCUCUGAAGAUCCUAGCCUGAAAGAAGGAAUGGAAGCGGAUGUGCAUACAGCAACGCCGUCGCUCAGCAACGCGGCAGCCACCUGGGCUGGAUGGGCGGUUACCGCUGUUACUGCUAAAUUCUACCGAUCACAUUCGGAUACGGCAAAAGUGCAGCAUCCAGUUAAAUCUACUUUAUCUAAACCCGGAUCGUUGGAACAACCUUCGUCAAGCAGCAUGUCGACAACGACAUCAUCUGUAACAUCGAUGACGUCACUAGAACAUAGCGAAUCCGCCUCCGACUAUGACCCUGAACAUUGGGAUAUGACGGCGUGGGGUGAAAUCGACUCUAGCGCAGCGACAACAGGCGGCAGUGGCAAGUCAGGAACAAGCAGUGCAGGUGGUGCAGGCGGUCUUGCUGCACUGUGUGAAGACGAAUGGGACAAUGAUGAAUGGGGAGAACUACAGGAACAGCCGGCGGCUGAAUCGGAACUAGCGAGUCCAUCGGAGACUUGGAACAACUCUGAGUGGAACCAACCGAUGCAGAACGCGAACGCUACAUUCGUUCGGAAUACAUCGAGACUCGAACAUAAGCCGGCUGCACAUCAGAAUAGCAACGAUUCACUCGGAGGCUGGGAGGAUGGCGAGUUUGAGCCGAUUGAAGAAAACGCCGAUCAAAAUAAUGCUUCAAAAAUGGACGAAAUGCGACGAAAGCGCGAGGAGAGAAAAUUGCAGCGUCAACGCGAGAUGGAGGCUAGACGUACAGCGCGCGGUCAGGGUCCAAUGAAACUCGGCACCAAAAUAACUGCGCCGGCGCCGCCCUUCUAG